AUGCCACAUUUUCGUAUAGAAACAAAUGUUCCCAAAUCAAAAAUACCACCAGAUUUUGUAAUUAAAGCUGUUCCGGUCUUGGCUAAGGCACUUGGCAAGCCUGAGUCGUACUGUGUGGUUUCUGUUAUUCCUGAUCUACCAAUGAGUUUUGGAGGAACAACGGAGCCAUGUGCAAUAGCCAACCUUAUGUCUAUUGGAGCUUUAGGUGUUGAACAGAAUAAAAAGCAUGCUAAAGUUCUUUUUGAGUUGGUUGAAAAAGAAUUAGGUGUAUCCAAUGACAGGAUGUAUAUAACCUUCCAAGAUGAGCCUACUGGAAAUGUGGGAUUCAAGGGCACAACCUUCCAUUCUAUAUUUGGAUGA